UACAGUGCAGGUGUCAGCUCAGUGUUGUGGUAGCGGCGGUGCGUGGAGGGUGUAGUGUUUUUGUUCCUGCGCGGUGAUCACUGGAACAUUUUCUCCUCAUUACUUCUAUAAUAAAACCAUCUGAGGGAAAUAAUCACACUGAUAAGAACACAAGAAAGUGAUUUGGUUUCGUUCUUGAGGAUUAAUGAUGGCUGUUUGAUUGUUGAUAAGGGAUAACUUAGACAAGUGAUCGACCCCAACUUGAUGUUAUGGCGGGGAGGUGGCGAGUCAUCCACACCCCCGUCCUGCUCCUCCUCCUGCUGGUGGUGACGACGGGGAGGCUUGGUGAUGCCCUGGUCAUGGACACGUGUGAUGGCAAACCUCACCAGGUGACUCUCAACACACAGGCCCAGGCUUAUAUUGGCGUGUUGGUGGGGGCGUCGCGGGCGGGAGAGGGCAUGUACGGGUGUGGAGGCUGGAGUAGCGAGGGCGUGGCGUCCUAUGAGGCUCUCCGCUGGGCCCUGGCUCGCGCUAACCUAGACGGCGGAGGGCUUGGCUCUAGGAUACUCACAGAUUCCUUUAUCCCCGGCGUCAAGUUUGGAGUUCACGUGUACGACUCCUGCGGCCACGGAGAGCGAGCUGCAGCAGGUCUAGGAGAGGUGUUCCCUGUGGUGCGUGAGGGCCCCUCCUCCUGCUCCCCCCUCAGUAACGACACCCUCCUGGCCCUGGGCGUCGUCGACCUCACCGGCGUCACCUCCACACACCACAACCUCGCCAGGCUCCUGCAGAAGUAUCACGUUCCUGUGGUUAAUGUGGCGGCGUCCGUGCUCAUCCCAGCUGAGGAGAGGGGCAAGGUGAGUGUGAGAGUUAUAGGCGCCAGAAUUGAAAUUUAA